AUGGGCUUUGUGCUCGGCCUGCUCCCAUCCCUGUUCAUAGGCAACUCGGGAUUGAGUUUUGGACGUUGGAGUGGCCAUCAGCUAACAGAAACAGUGGAACAUGUGCAGACAAAAUAUAUAGCCCAAGCUGAUGCUAGAAUGCAUGGUAGAGCCGAUGCUGAUUCAAAAAUCAACCAUAUACCACAGCUUCGGAAAAAAGACAAGGAUGAUAUCAGGACGCUCCCUCCAAAACCAAGGAAAAUCUUUCUUGACUGUGGUGCUAAUGUUGCAUCCACUGUUCAACUUUUUCGCGAGACGUAUCCCGGGGCAAGAGAUUUCACCAUCCACUCGUUCGAAAUUGAUGAACGAUUGUCACCCUAUUUCGAGCCAUACGAUAAACACCAUCUGCACUGUCCAGUUGGCGUGGCAGGCAAAGACGGUAACAUGACGGCAUAUUCUGAGAUGGUAUGGGGACCAAGCAAAGGUCUGAAUGCAGGCGCCGAUAUGCAGUGGGGAGGUGGCACACUAUACGCGUUCGGAUCAGAACGGAAAAAUAACAAAACAGGUGGAAGCCGAAAACUAUCCGUCCGGAAAACAAUUCCAGUCAUUGAUCUUUCCAAAUGGAUUGCGGAGACAUUCUCUCCUGAGGAUUACAUCAUCUUCAAGCUGGACGUCGAAGGCGCUGAAUACGACAUCCUGCGGAAUAUGAUAGACAGCAAUGUCUUUGAAGAAUACAUUGAUAAAUACUACGGCGAAUAUCACGACUAUCAACCGUCUGGCUGGGCCCAGGAGGAGAAGGAUAAGAUCCGCGAGGAUAUUCAAAAACUUGGGAUGAAUAUGAUAUCCUGGGCGGGUGAGAGGAGAUCAUUUGGCGAUAUCGAAGAUUUGAACCCUGUCAAGGUUCCGUUUAACACUCCUGGUGGGGCUGGCAAGAUUUACUCGCGUUGUGCAAGCGGCUCAGUAGCCGUGGUCGUUGCUGUGGGAAUGAAUUACAAGCGAGCACACGCGGUGGUUUCAACUCUCGCUGCCCACAAGCCCCGAGUCCCUACCACGUUGUUCGUCUUCGGAGACUUUGCUCAGCUGUACCCCGAAGCUGUGAAGUCCUGGGCCGAGCACUUCAACAUCGGGAUCCGGGAGGACGGACCUCUGCCCCCUGGUCACCUGGAGCUGAUGCGCUCAGAGUGGAUCCGACUGGAGCUGAUAAGUGCCAUCUUACGUCUUGAGGAGAUUGGCAUGGUGUCGUCUUAUUACCUGCCAACGGUGGAAGAUAUAAACCUGAAGAUGAUUAGACAGGCAGCCACAAGGGGACUAAGGAUUGUGCAACCUGUAGCGCGACUACCAGGAUUAAAAGGAUCCCCGGAGGAACUGACGUUUGACAACUACCAUCGCUACCGUGAUGUAGAUCGUGUCCCCAAAGCCCUUCGUCUGAUCCACAAUGUCCUCGUCAAGAACAAAGGGGGAGUGCUCAGCCUGGACACCGACUUAUCAGAUACUUACAUGAACUCCGUGUUCAUGAUGGACUACCUGGUUGAAACUUCGGGCUUUAAACUGGUAGAUUUGGAUGAAUGUAUUUCUAAGACACCAUUUCCUUAAUGGGUUCCAAAAACGUCCAUAGGAAUGGAUGACCUUAAAGGACCUUAGGUGGAGCGUAACGCAACCUUUGCCUUACAUAAAUGGGACACAGACGCACAAGCAAUUGGUAAUUAUAGAUAUUUUACACACGCCUUUCUGGUAUGAUUCUCAUCAUCGUUUUUUCACUAUUUGCUGUGAGUGGCCUUAAGCAGUCUUACUGGGACGUUUAUAAGACCUACCCAAGCCAGGGACGGAUCCAGAACCAAAAUAUCGGGGGGGGGGGGAAUGCCAUAAGUGACUAAUUGUUUCAUCAUGUUUCUAAUUUUGAAUUCAGUUUGGUUUUUCUUUUAGUCAUUGUGCAAUGUGUAGAUUCAGUUUUGGAUGUAAGUUCAAUUAUGAAUAUUCAGUAAUACUCAGUACUACUGAGGUAUUUUAGGGUGUCUUUGUUACAAUCAUGUACCAUGGUGUAGCAAUAAGAGUGACUGGUGGAGUGUUGGUGUGGCCUGUUUUGGGCUGUGCCUAAAUACUACUGGCAGUUAUUCGCCAGACCUCGUUGAGAGAGGACCAAGUUGCCUGCGGUCCACGUCGAAGUAUCCUGUUGGCCCGAAGCCUUAACAGGCAACAACUGCAGAUUUUGUUGGUAUUUUGCAUGCCUAGAAUUUCCUCAAGACAUUUUCUGAAGAUGCUGACUACGGCACAAGUUUUGGGAGUUCUCAGCUACUGAUGAGGGAGAACUUCAACACAACACAAAGGUGGACCGGCAUCUUUAAUGUGGAAGUCUGAGGGUCCUUUUUUGUAGCUGUUCAAGACGCUUGAAGAAUUGAAACUGGCGACAGCACAUCAUUAUAAAUGUAUAAAAACAAUAUGGAUGUUUGUUAAGUUCUGAAGGAUUUUGGUGUGAUGUAGAAUUUGGUCAGUGUCCUUUUGCUAGUGAAUUUUCGACUGCAUGCCAAGUAAAAUAAUUGUACAGAAUAUCAAAAAUGUGACAAGCAGUCUUUUACAUUUGAAGAUUGAAAAGGAAUUUGGAAAAUU